GCGUGUCGUCCAAGACGUGCGUGUCGAUAUUGAUCAAGUCGGCAACAUUCGCUACAAGUAUCGACAACAUUAAUACAAAGACCAGAAGGACAACAGUGGAUUUUGUUAUUUUCAUUUCCAAACGAGCUUCGUGAAUGCUUCGCACAGCGGUUCCCUUAACACUAUCGAGGAAUCAUAAAGUUUUUUAUUAAACAUUCGACCGAAUACUGAAGCCACCUGCUGUCCGUGUGUAUUUUUGGUGUUUACAAAUUCCACGACGUUUAUAGGUUACAUCCCGUGCACGUGUAACACUCCGUACAAUCGAUUGGAUUCAAACUGGAAGACAAUUCGGAAUUUCGGCCUUUCAUUGUUCUACCAUAAUUCCCGACCGAUUGAGAAUCAUGCGUCGGCGUAUACACACCAUGAAAUCUCUAAUCAUUGCAAAAUGUGAACGGAAUCUUUUGUAUUCUGCGCAUGUCAAAUCCGAGCCAGCGAUGUUCAUCCAGCGUUUUGUCAUAACCAGUGAUGUGGAAUGUUUAUAAUUGUAACAAUAUUUUAUAAAAUAGAACGACUGUUACUGCUUUGUUAAAGAGAGCUACGAUUGAGAUGGCAGCGAAUGCACUCGAAGCAAAAAUUAAUAAAAUACGACAACAAAAUGAAGAAAUUAGGAGAAGACAUCAGGAAGUGGAAGAAGAUAAAAAGAAUGCAGCAAAACUGAAUGCCUUAGUGCAAAUGGUACCAUCGUCCGAUUGGCCAGAGAGGAAGGAACCUCCAGAAUUUUCAAAUCCACCAAAAGCUAAGCAGAAAUCAGCCAAAGAGAAGCAUGAGUACACAUUGCAAUCCCAUGCUACUGGGAACGAAGGAAAAAAGAUACAUUCGUUUGCUCAAGGAGAAGGACCACCACCAGAUCCCAAAUACAAUUUUCUAGCAGAUUCCGAACGAGAGGAACCUAGCACAGAAUAUGCGAAAGAAUCUUCUGGGAAUAGGUUCCAUAAUAAAGUAAUAAGGGGCAGUUUUAAGAAAAAGUUUGGAGGAAGAGAAAAUCACAUACAAAAAGAUAAUAAAGUGCAUAAAGGGAAUUAUAGAGAUGAAUCUCAGCCAGGAUACGAUGCUUGGAGAGCAGAGAGGAACCGCAUUGAUGAAGAUCGCAUCAGCAGGCAAAGAACUGCAGAAGGAAAUUGGCGUAGAGAAUGGGAUAAUGAUAAAAUGCAUAUUAUAGAUGAUGUGACAAAGAAAACAAGAUCUACAUUAGGCGACUUUACAAAGAAAGACCAUAAAGACUCUGAUCGGAGAUAUUCUAAUAACAACGAAUAUGUCACUCACAGUAAAGGUGGGAACCGUCUUUAUCGUGGUUCUUCGAAGAACUUCUAUGGCAAUUAUGAUAAUCGUUCUCAUAAUGCGUAUGAUCAACAUAGAAACAACGCAGCGAUACCAAUUAAGACUUCUUUAUCUCCAACUUCCGAAGAAAGGACUGUAGUUGCUACUGACAAAAGUAUCAAAGUUACAGUGAAUCAAGGCAACACAACUAAACGUUCUGUAAUGAGCGUUAAAGUAAAUUCACCGAGCAUAGCUGGAACAGGAAGAGUCGGUCCACGACAAAGGACUCGAGUUACGUAUAGUCAUUCGGACGUAGAACCGUCUAUGCCUGAAAGUGAAUCUUUCCGUCGUCAAAAGUCAUUUGAGGAUAAGUCGAAAGGACCUUACUUCAACAAUCAGAAGUCUCCUAACGUAAAAAGAUCACACUCGCAAAAGAAAAAAGAGGGUGACGCGAAGUAUCCAUAUCAUCAAAGGAAGGAGAUUAUGCGAGAAGAUAAUGACGCAAAUUCUCAACAGUGUGGGGAAGAUGAACUUAAAUCCCAGACGCAGAAAACUGUACAGAAAUCUCAAUCUGUUAAAUCACCAAAGCCUGUUACAGAAAACAUGAAAUCAGAGGAUCUGAAUUUAAACACGAACUCUUCUGAAAAAGUUGAAACUCAGGAGUGCUCCAACAUCGUUUCAACGAAACCUGAACAGGAGGAUGCAAUAGAGAACAAUGAGGCACUAGAAAUAUGCAACUCUGAUUUAACUAAUGAAGUGGAAAUGUCUGAGACAAAGGACGAAGUAUUAGAUGUGAAAAAUGCUGAUCAAAAUGAAACAUCUGAAAUGGAAGUAAAAGAAGCUUCCUCGAUUUCCUUAGCAGAAAGUACAUCGUCGAAUGCUAAAAAUCCUGGUGAUAUUACCAAAGAUGACAAAGAAUUGAAUAAUCGCUGCAAUGAGAAUAGUCAACUCGACAAAUUUGCAAAUGAUACAACGGAGAAUAGUCAACUGGAAGAAUUGGCAAACGAUGCAACGGAGAGUAGCCAACUCGAAGAAUUCGCAAAUGAUGCAACGGAAACUGGCCAACUCGAAGAAUUGGCAAAGAAUUCAACGGAAAAUACCCAACUCGAAAAAUUGGCAAAUAAUGCAACGGAGAGUAGCCAACCCGAAGAAUCUGCGAAUAAUGCAACGGAAAAUUUGCAAAUCUGCUCCACGUCUUCCGAGGUAUCGGUUCCUAAUGAUACUGAACUUAAAGUGGAAUCAGUACCAGAUGAAAGCAAUAACGCGCUAGAUGAUACCGUCAUGGUAGAAGAAAUUUCGAGCAUAGAUGAUCAGCAAUCGCUAGAGCAAGUUGGCGAAAAGGUUGUAAACAAUGACUGUGAUAAUAUCAAAGAUGAAAUUAUUAAAGAGGAAAGGACAUCAUCGAUAGUAGAUGAAUCUGUGUCAUCGCCGAAGGCUGAAGCACAUUCUGUGAUACAUACUGAGAAUCAAGUAGUCUACAACGACGAGUCGGUUGAGAAGGAGACAUCACUCCCAGACGAGAAAAUAGAUGGAAACGUUGGAUCGUCUGAGAAGAAAUUAAACGACACUGCGAACCGCGGUGAAACGAGUCCAGAAAAUACUCUUAUCGAUAGCUCGACGAAGGAGGAUAAAAAGCAAGUCGAGGAGGUAAAGGAUAUUGCAGUAGAGCUGUAAUAUUUUGCAAUAAGAACUGUAUCAAUUAGCUGUAAUGCAAUCGAACAGAUAUUACAUCGAUUUUUGAUAUUAGAAACAUUUUCAAUGCUCGCUUCUAUUACAAAUGGUCCCUCGAAAUAGAAUUAGAAGUUAUUUUAUUUUUUUCUUUUGUCACGGAUGAACAUUGAUCAGUGAGUUUUCUAAUAGAAAUUAGAUUGUCAUUUUUGAGUUGUCGUUUGAAAGCAAUUUUUGAGGACACAAAUGAAAAUAUCAUUUAAUUUAUAAAUUCCUAAACGAUUAUAUCUUAAAGUGUAUAAGAUGAAUCACGAGAAACGCCUGUUUCUUUUUUUUUUAAACAGGAUUUGUGAAAGAAACUUCUGAGAUACUUUCGGAAUCACCAUUAUUAAUUGGGUGAUGUUAAUUGCGCACAAUCACAUUGGAAUUCUUUAAUCCUUUGCGGUUUUGAUUUGUUUAAUUUCUUUUAGAUUUCUGUGAAAGAUUUUCUUAUGUUCUAAUACAUAAAUUUAUGUAUCAAGUCUAUUAACGAAUAAUAUUUUUGUUGUCCAUGAUAUAUGGUUCUUUGUUUUGUUAAGAAAGGUAUGAAAGAUUGCAAAGGAUUAACGUUAAUGUUUAUAGUGCUUUUACAUACCAUACCUAAAGAAUAACAAUGCCACGACCCGUGUUUUUGAUAUUUUAUAUGAAAUUCUACGAUAUAGAGUACUGACGUCUGUUUAAAUCGCACUCGAAUAUUUUUAUAAUUGGCAAUAGCUGUUAGCUAUAUAUUAGAGAUUGAUAUAUAUAUAUAUGUGUACAUCAUUUAAAUGAUUUGAAGAAGAAACGAUAUUUCGUGAACCGUUGUUUCAGAAACAACGGUCAGUUUAAAUAUCAUAAAGAUUGAAACAACACACUAUAUUUAUUUGACCUUAGUCGAGAAGCAAUGUUACGUUACUUUAUAGUUUAUAUAUAAAUAUAUUUAUUUACACCUUUUUACUAAAAUAUUAUUUAUUGCUCAUUUCCUUUUUUUUCUCUUUCUCUCAUGAUGCGAUAUUUUUGUUAACUUUUUGCUUACAUUUUAUUUUUUAUUGACGACAUGAGGUAACAUUUGGUUAGUACACAAAAACUGCGCCACCAUGUGAUUAUUUAAUUAAUAUCUAAAGUAUAAAUUUGCCCUUAUACAGAAUCGAAUGCAAUAAUGCGAAUA